AUGUCUUUUUUUAUUCGAAAAGGUGUAACCAAACGCAGAAAACCUGCAGUACGUGUUACAAACAACAACAUCAAAAAGAAAAAAACCGAAAAUCACAUCGAUGAUGAGAUUUCGUCCGAUUCAAGUGAGUCUAACCACGAUGACCACCAAGCAUUUUCGUCAGAAUCAGAGGAAGAGAAGUUUUUAACGGUAGCCGAAAAAAAAGUGCAACUCGCUAAAAAGUAUUUGAGUGAAAUUGAAGAAGAAGAACGAAGACGUUUAGAAGACGAUGACGAUGAUCAGGUAAAUAAAAAUGUUUUAAAGCGUUUAAAAAAUGAUGUUCUUGAUCAAAAAGGAAAAUUGAAAACAAAAUUGGCCGAUUGUUUGUUGGUUCCGACUGACAUUCUCAGGUUAAGAAAUAGACAUCAUACCAAAGCAAUUACAUGCAUUGUGGUAUCGCCCGAUGACAAAUAUGCUUACUCUGCAUCAAAAGAUUCUACUAUAAUACAAUGGGAUCUACAAGCUGGUAAAGUACACAAGUGUUUGAGUUAUAACCGUAAAAAACCCCUAGUGAUAAAUCCAACACAUCAUAAUUAUCCUGUUUUAUCUCUUGCGGUGUCUGAGCAAUAUUUAGUUUCUGGAGAUAAUUCUGGGCUAAUUAAUGUUUGGAAUUCAGUCACAUUAGAAUAUAUUGGACCUUUGAGGGGACAUAUAGACGGUGUAACUGGUUUAGCGAUUUGCAAUGAAUCAAAUCAAUUGUUCAGUUGUUCAAAGGAUAAAAGUGUUAAAAUUUGGGAUCUUACUGAAUUGUCCUACAUAGAUUCACUUUUAGGCCAUCAGACUGAAGCCACCAGCAUUGAUAUAAUGGAGAAAGAUCAUGUAAUAACUGGCGGAGGCUUUGAAAGUAUGGUCAGAAUGUGGAAGAUUCAAGAUGAAACACAAUUAAUGUUUCAUGGAACAGGUGGUUCAAUAGAUUCUGUAAAGAAAAUUGAUACUGCACAUUUUGUCACAGGCGGGGAUAGUGGCUGCAUUAGCAUCUGGGGAACAUUGAGGAAAAAACCAUUUUGCAACAUCAACAACGCCCAUGGUACUAAUAAAAGUAAUGGUCAACCAAAUUGGGUAUCUGCAGUUGGAGCUUUAGAAAAUUCAGACUUGAUAGUUUCUGGAAGUAGUGAUGGAUUGCUUAAAUUUUGGAGGUGUACAAACAACUAUAAGUCGAUAUUACCAUUAUUUAAUGUUCCUUUAGAAGGUUUUAUUACUGGUCUUGUAUUUACAAAUGAUGGAAAUCGAUUGAUCGUUGCAGUUGCCAACGAACACAGAUUUGGCAGAUGGCAUACCGUGACCGGUAUUAAAAACAGUUUACAUGUAAUUAAUUUGAAAUUUAAUAAAACUUAA